AUGACUGGCAACAACCAAACUGUCAUCUCCCAGUUCCUCCUGCUGGGCCUGCCCAUUCCCCCAGAGCAUCAGCACCUGUUCUAUGCCCUGUUCCUGGCCAUGUAUCUCACCACCGUCCUGGGGAAUCUCAUCAUCAUCAUCCUCAUCCUACUGGACUCCCAUCUCCACACACCCAUGUACUUGUUUCUCAGCAACUUGUCCUUAUGUGAUCUCUGCUUUUCCUCUGUCACAAUGCCCAAAUUGCUGCACAACAUGCAGAGCCAGGACCCAUCCAUUAACUAUGUGAGUUGUCUGACACAAAUGUUCUUUUUUAUGGUUUUUGGAGACAUGGAGAGCUUCCUUCUUGUGGUCAUGGCCUAUGACCGCUAUGUGGCCAUUUGUUUCCCCCUUCAUUACACCAGCAUCAUGAACCCCAAGCUCUGUGCCUGUCUAUUGCUGCCACUGUGGAUAGUGACCAUAUUGCAUGCCAUGUUGCACACCAUGCUCAUGGCUAGAUUAUCUUUUUGCAAGAACAAUGUGAUUCUCCAUUUUUUCUGUGACAUAUCUGCUCUCCUGAAGCUAGCCUGCUCAGACACUUACAUUAACAAGUUAAUGAUAGUUAUCAUGAGUGGUCUCAUCAUGGUUAUACCAUUCCUACUCAUUGUUAUAUCCUAUGCAAGGAUUAUCCUUUCUAUUCUCAAGGUUCCAUCUAUCCAGGUUAUCCACAAGGUGUUCUCCACCUGUGGUUCCCACUUGACUGUGGUUUCUCUGUUCUAUGGGACAAUUAUUGGUCUCUACUUUUAUCCAUCAGCUAAUAACUCUACUGUGAAGGAGACUAUCAUGGCUAUCAUGUACACAAUGGUGACUCCCAUGCUGAACCCCUUCAUCUACAGCCUGAGGAACAGAGACAUAAAGGGGGCCCUGAUAAGAGUUAUUUUCAAUAAGAAAAUCUCUUUGUAA